AUGCUGCUCCCACUCGGCCUGCUGCUCCCGCUGCUCUUUCUCAGGACAGGGAGGGGCGCAGAAGUGCUGGCAGCGAGCCGGCGAGGGUGGGGGGCACAGGGCGCUGUGGCCGAGGGGCCGGGCCCCGGGGAGAGCAGGGGCCAAGCCGGGCAACCGGGAGCCCGGUGCCGCCCUGGCUGCGCGGGGGCCGGGCCGGGGGAGGCCCGCAGCCCUUGCGGAGCCGGGGCGCGCCGGCCCUGCCGCCUUCUCUCGCGCCUCACUGCCCUGCUGCUUCCAGCUCCGGCCCACAACGUGCACCUCUGCGAAGGCUACGCGGGCCCGGACGGGCGCCCCCACGCCGGCUUCUACUGCCCCCGCCUCACCGACCCCGCGGGCCACGUCUACUGCUGCCAGCCCGGCGGGAGCCGCGCACUCAAGUCCUGCUGCCCGCGCACCGAGCGCGGCGCUCUCCGCGGCAACGGCUCCGCUGCCGCGCCGCCUCCCUCGGAGCUCCGGACGUCGGUGCUGCCGCUGCUGGGCGUGGGGCUCUACGGCUGCCUGGUCUUGGCGCUCAUGGCCGUCGACUUCCUGCACUUCUACCGACUCCACCGGGGCAGCAGCGCCAGCGCCGCCGCAGGGGAAGCGAGGACGGAGGACCAGGCGCCGGGCUCCGUAGCCAGGGCGGCGGCGCGGCUGCUUGAACAGAGCGCCCGGCGCAGCGCGGCCCCGCCCCCACGCGUCACGUGCCCGGAGGCAGGCGCUGGCCCCGCCCCCCGGGCGUCACGGGCCCUGCCGGAAAGCGGCGGUCGCGCCCGCAUGACGUCAGUGCGGCGCGCCAUGGAGGAAGAGCCGAGGAUGAUGCCGCCGCCGCCGCCCUCUCCACCGGCGCAGGCCUCGGAGCUCCGCCAGGAGGGCAACGGCCUGUUCCAGGCGGGCCGCUACGAGGAGGCGCUGGCCGUGUACACGCGGGCGCUUAGCCUGUGUCCGCCCGAGGCCCGGCCCGGCCCGCACCGCGCCCUCCUGCACCGCAACCGUGCCGCCUGCCACCUCAAGCUGGAGGAUUACGCCCAAGCAGAAUUGGAUGCUUCCAAAGCCAUAGAAGCUGAUGGACGUGACGUAAAGAGUCUCUUCCGUCGCAGCCAAGCCCUCCAGAAACUGGGCCGCCUCGAUGAGGCUGUCUUGGAUUUGCAGAGGUGUUUGAGCUUGGAGCCCAAGAAUAAGGCCUUUCAAGAGGCUCUGCGCAACCUUGGCAGCAGCAUGCAUGAGAAGAUGCAAGCCGUGUCCUGUACCGACUCAAAAGUGGAGCAAAUGUUUAAGAUGCUGCUUGACCCUGAGGAAAAAGAUCUGGACAAGAAGCAAAAGGCAGCUCAGAACUUGAUUGUUCUGGCACGAGAAGAACCUGGCGCUGAGAAGAUUUUCCAGAGUGAUGGAGUGUGCCUGUUGCUGCAGCUGUUGGAUACGGGCCGGCCGGAUAUGGCAUUGGCAGCCCUGCGGACUCUCACUGGGCUUUGCCAUGGGCAUCGUUCUCGGACAACGGUGAUCCUGGCUGAGCUGGGACAUCAGCGCCUCUUUGCUGUGCUAGAGAUGGAGGAUGAGCAGAUCUCGCUGGCUGCCUACAAUCUGCUGCAGGUCAUGUUUGAUGCCCUCAAGGAGGGGCUGCAGAGGGAUGUGCCCGACAAGGAAGAAGCUUUGGUGCUGGACACGUCCAGAGAGCUGAAAUGGCUUCUCAAGCAGCUGCUGGAGGCCCUGGCUCGAGACAGCAUCUCCUCUUAUGGCCGCGACAGCAUCCUCAACUUGCUGAUCAGUGUGGUACCCCGGAAGUCCCCGCAGGUGCCCAGCAACCGCCUGGCCCUCUGGGUUAUUGACCAAGGUCUGAAGGAAAUCCUGGAGGUUGGGGGCACAGUGAGCCACGGUGCCGGGGGCCUUCGUGUGACGGAGAACACCCACAUGACCACCGCUGUCCUCCUCAGCAAGCUCUAUGGGGACUUGAAGUGUGAUGGAGAGCGGGAGAAUUUCCACCGGCUCUGUGAGGACUAUGUCAGGGGCUGGUUUCAGGACCACGGCGUUCCUGGGAAGCUCCGAGCCAUCCAGACAGCGUCGUGCCUUCUGCAAGGCCCCGCAGAGGCUGGGAAUCGGGUGCUGGAGCUGAGCGGCAUCAUGGAGAGUAUUCUGGCCUUGUGUGCCUCCUCGCGGGAAGCUGACCAGCUUGUGGCUGUGGAGGCCCUGAUCCACGCGGCCGACAAGGCCAAGCGUGCCACUUUCAUCACUGCCAAUGGCGUUACGCUGCUCAAGGAGAUCUACAAGCACAGCGAGCGCGACAGCAUCCGCAUCCGAGCCCUGGUGGGCCUCUGUAAACUCGGCUCGGCAGGGGGCACGGACUUCAGCAUGAAGCAGUUUGCGGAAGGCUCGACCCUGAAGCUGGCCAAGCAGUGCCGCAAGUGGUUGUGCAAUGAGACCAUUGAUGUCGGCACACGGCACUGGGCAGCAGAAGGCCUGGCCUUCCUCACGUUGGAUGCAGACGUCAAGGAGGAGCUGAUGGAGGACAAGGCAGCUCUGCAGGCUCUGUUCCAGCUUGCAAAGUCAGAGAACCGGAACUCCCUGUUUGCAGUGGCCUCCACCCUGGUGAACUGCACUAGCAGCUAUGACCACGAAGAGCUGGACCCCCAGAUGGUGGAGCUGGCGAAGUACGCCAAGCAGCACAUCCCUGAGAAGCACCCCAAGGACAAGCCAGCAUUUGUGCGCCGACGUGUGCAGAAGCUCCUGGCUGCUGGCGUGGUGUCAGCGCUCACCUGCAUGGUGAAGAGCGAGAGCCCUUCCCUGAGCCCUGCCUGCCGUGAGCUGAUCUCUAGGGUUUUCCUGGCUGUAGUAGAAGACCCGGAGGACAGAGGUGCUGUAGUAGCUGCUGGAGGGGGGAAGGCUCUCAUCCCUUUGGCCCUGGAGGGCACUGAAGCAGGGCAGACCAAGGCAGCACAAGCCCUGGCCAAGAUCGCCAUCACGACGGCUCCUGAGAUGGCCUUCCCUGGCGAGCGGAUCUUUGAAGUGGUCCGGCCCCUUGUGGGCCUCCUGCACUUGAACCACACUGGCCUGCAGAAUUUUGAGGGGCUGAUGGCCCUAACCAACCUGGCUGGGACCAGCGAGCGGCUCAGACAGAAGAUUGUGAAGGAAAAGGCAGUGCCCAUGAUUGAGGGCUACAUGUUUGAGGAGCAUGAGAUGAUCCGCCUGGCAGCCACCGAGUGCAUGUGCAACUUGGCUCUGAGCCGAGAGGUGGGCGAGCUCUUUCUAGCUGAAGGCAGCGACCGGCUCAAGCUGCUGGUUCUGUACAGCGGGGAGGAGGAUGAACGGCUCCGGCAGGCGGCCUCCGGGACGCUGGCCGUGUUAACGUCGCUGCUACCCCCGAUCUGCCCCCGUAUUCCUCAAGUGACAGCUGAUUGGCUGGAGAUCCUGCAGGCCCUGCUGCUCAGCCCCAGCACAGAGCUUCAGCACCGUGGUGUAGUGGUGGUAAGGAACAUGGUGGCAGCUGACAAGGAGGUGGCAGCGAAACUUAUGGAGAGCGAGACGCUGGAGAUCCUGUCUGUCAUGGCCAGGCUGAACGACAAGCCCCAGGUGGCUCAAAUGGCCAAGGAGUGCCUGGCUCAGGCCAUGGCUUACAGCUUGAUCAAGGCCAAUCCUGCUGGCGGGGAGUGAGAGCCGCCCGCUUCCAGCCUGCUUGGACACGCAGCUGCUUGGGCACUGGGGCUUGUUGCGGAAUUGGGAGCUGGGGCCAGAAAAGGGAUGGACGGCACUUCCUGUAGAUCAGCCACGGCCUGAUGACUGUAGGCACCUUCCUAAUUUACUGUGGCUUGUGUGUUUGUGGCCGCAGGAGCUGUACGCAGCCUGCUGCUGUUCUUGUCUGUCCUUCCCUGGAGAAUGAACCCCUCACUGGUGCUGCCACAACUGCACGGUGGUGGUGGUGGUGGUGCCACCGAGCACGUGCCUUCCAUGGGCAGCUUGAGCUGCUUGUGCUGUGUGCAAACGGUUUGCUGCUGCUGCUGGAAGGCACAGCCUUUGUCUUACAUGCACUUCCUGUGGCUUCUUCCUCUGCCUUCGUGUUGGGGAAACUGCCUUACUGCCACACAAUUCUUCUUUCUGUUCCAUUCCUGCUCUUGCAUGCUGUGGCAGAGCCCUAGUAUUAGCAUUCUCUAGCCUGUCAUGACAUAUAUAAAUAGGAAAUAAUGUGAUGUACUGUAUGAAAUGUAAAAAAACUAUGCAAGUGUUUCUUUCUGUAAAGGAAGUUCAGUUCUCAAAAUCAUGUUAUUUGAACCCCCAAAA